CCUGCUAUACCCACCGUGCCCACUUAUUGACUCUCAGCAAUACUUAACUGCAGUUGGCUUCAGUACGAGUAUCUUCAAGACUUCAAUUGAGUGAAUUGAUCAUCAUUUGACAAUUUUGUAGUGUCUUGACGGCGUCUCCCAAUUAAAAAUGCUCCGGACAUCCACAUUUCGAGCUCCGUUGCCUCGGGCAAUAGCUCGUACAUUUACCACUGCCACCACCUUCCCCGCGAAUGCCAUCAAUGUCACAAGCAAAUCCACGACUCGGGUCCUCAACCGUACUUCCUCAUCAUAUAAGCUUCAAAGCUUCCAAUCUUCGUUUCCCAGUCUGCAAAGAAAUUUUCAUGCAACCGCAUACAAUAUGGCACAAACAAGAACCGAGUCAGAUGCUUUCGGCAAUGUAGAGGUCCCUUCGGACAAAUACUGGGGAGCUCAAACUGAGCGUUCGUUGGAGAACUUCAAAAUCAACCAGCCUCAAGAUCGCAUGCCUCCUCCGAUUAUCAAGGCUUUUGGUAUUUUGAAGGGCGCAGCUGCAACUGUCAAUAUGCAAUUUGGACUUGGUACGCCGACAUGAAAGAAGAAAUAAACGUUAGGGCAUGAACUGACGAGAUAUCGACAGACCCAAAGCUCGGAAAAGCUAUCCAACAAGCCGCCAAAGAAGUCGCAGAUUUGAAGUUGCUUGAUCACUUUCCUCUUGUCGUUUGGCAAACCGGCUCCGGUACCCAGUCGAACAUGAAUGCUAAUGAGGUCAUCUCGAACCGGGCUAUUGAAAUCUUGGGCGGAACCAUGGGAAGCAAAAAGCCGGUUCAUCCCAACGAUCACGUUAACAUGUCAGCUUCUUCAAACGAUACCUUCCCUACUGUUAUGCAUAUUGCUGCGGUCCUCGAAAUCGAAAACGAACUCCUUCCUGCAACCAAGUCACUACGAGACGCUCUCCAAGCUAAAGUGGAUGAAUUUCAAGCAAAGAACAUCAUUAAGAUUGGACGAACCCAUUUGCAAGACGCAACACCGCUUACCCUCGCCCAAGAGUUUUCCGGAUAUGUCGCACAACUUGAUUAUGGUAUCGAGCGGGUCGAGUCGUCUCUGCCCCACCUUAGACUUUUGGCACAAGGAGGAACUGCUGUAGGUACUGGUAUUAAUACUUUCAAGGGAUUUGCAGAGGCUAUCGCCGAGGAAGUCACCAAGAUGACCGGAACACAAUUCACCACUGCACCUAACAAAUUUGAAGCUCUUGCCGCCCAUGAUGCCAUUGUUCAGGCAUCUGGCUCCCUCACUACUCUUGCAUCAUCCCUCUUCAAGAUUGCCCAAGAUAUCCGAUACCUGGGAUCCGGCCCUCGAUGCGGUCUUGGCGAGCUUGCGCUCCCUGAAAACGAACCUGGAAGUUCCAUCAUGCCUGGUAAAGUUAACCCAACUCAAUGCGAAGCUAUUACCAUGGUAUGUGCCCAAGUAAUUGGAAACGGCACUGCUACAACUAUUGGUGGUAUGAACGGACAAUUCGAGCUGAACGUCUUCAAGCCAUUGGUUAUCAGAAAUUUGUUACACAGUAUCAGAAUCUUGAGUGAUGGAAUGAGAAGCUUUGAGAAGAACUUGGUAGUAGGGCUACAAGCCAAUGAGGAGAAGAUCCAAAGUAUCUUGAAAGAAUCGUGCGUACACCCUUCUACUGAUUAGUGCAACCUUUAUCUCUCCCUAAAGCCCAAAGAUACCAAGUACUAACAAAUGUCAACAGUCUCAUGUUAGUCACCUGCCUGAACCCAAAGAUUGGUUAUGACAUGGCUAGUAAGGUAGCCAAGAACGCGCACAAGAAGGGAUUGACUUUGAAGGAAUCGGCGAUGGAGUUGAAGGCUCUCAGUGAAGAGGAUUUUGACAAGUUGGUUAAACCAGAAUUGAUGGUUGGACCAGAGGAUUACAAGAAAUAAGUAAGAGAUGAAGGAAAAAGUUGUAGGGAUAGGAUGAGAGUUGUAUUGAUACCAUACAUGAGCGUUAUUUAUGGUUAGACAUUGUUGUUUUUGGGUGUGGCGGGAUACUCAUAGGUGGGUCGAGCACGUUGAGCAAGUAACAGCGUUAUCCUGCUAAACAUAGGAUAUGUGCAUAAUUUUGGUUGGAAAGCUAGUGAGAUAGGAAGUGCGAAAAUGAAGAUAAAAAUAAAUAACAUCAAUAGCCAUGCAC